AUGUCUGACGACUCCCUCGUUCUCGUGACGGCGGACAACAAGAGCGGCUUCAAGAAUGUGACGUAUGACCUCCAGUCGAGGCGCUACGAGCUCCGCGUUCAGGUCGGCGGCAAGCGCAAACACCUCGGCGCCUUCAAGACGGCCCGCGAGGCCGCCGUCGUGUACGCUCGCACCGCCGAGGGCAAGGCGGACGCAGCUGCGCAGCAGAGGCCGACCGGCGCCGACGCGGCGGCGCACGCGGUGCGUGCGGCGGAGAGGGAGGGUCUUCUCCUCAUCCCCGCCGACCGCAAGGACUCGACCACCGGCUACAAGAACGUGACGCACAACGUGGAGCAGAGCGGCGUAAGGAAGUACAAGCUGCAAAUGCAGAAAAAGGGCAAGCGGCUCUCGUGCGGGCUCUUCGGGACCGCCGAGGAGGCAGCGCUCGCCUACGCUCGGACGCCCGAGGGGAGAGCCGACGCCGAGCGGCUCCGGAGGCCAGCGCCGGUGCCGCGGACGGCGGCGGCGAUCGAGGCGGUGCAGCAGGCGGAGAGGGAGGGGCUGACUCUGAACGUGACCGUCGACCAGCGGAAGAGCAAGUGCCAGCUGCAAGUCCGCGCCGCAGGACGGCAGCAGACCAUCGGCAUCGCUGCAGCUUCCUCCGAACGAGACCCGCACACGACGCACCCUCGCCGCUCUCUCGCUUAG